CUUUAAUAAUAUUUAUCCAAACGUAUACCAGUUCCUCUUACCCGUCAGAAAUUAGCCCUUUGAGUUCAAAGGAAUCAUCAAAUGGCCUUGAAUGUUAGCAGUGCAUGUUUCUCAGUUUUCAGUUACAAGAAAGUUAUCAGGAUAAGAGCUGUUGCUUCUGAGGAUUUUGCGUCUGCUGCUGCUCUCAAAACUGAAGAAGAAAGCAAGGUGAAGUUAGGAGGGUCAGAGCUCAAAGUGACAAAGCUUGGAAUUGGAGCUUGGUCAUGGGGUGACAACAGUUACUGGAACAACUUUGAAUGGGAUGAGAGGAAGUUGAAGGCUGCUAAGGCUGCUUUUGAUGGCAGUAUUGAUCGUGGUAUAACCUUUUUCGAUACAGCUGAAGUUUAUGGCUCUUGGCUGUCCUUGGGUGCCAUCAAUUCUGAAACUCUGCUGGGAAGAUUUAUAAAGGAAAGCAAAGUAAAGAAUCCUGGUGUGGAAGUUGCUGUUGCAACAAAGUUUGCAGCUCUGCCUUGGAGGUUCGGUCGUCAGAGUGUCCUCAAUGCACUCAAGGAUUCAAUUGGUCGGCUUGGGCUUUCAUCAGUAGACCUUUAUCAACUCCAUUGGCCUGGUGUUUGGGGAAAUGAAGGGUACAUUGAUGGUCUCGGUGAUGCUGUUGAGCAGGGCCUAGUGAAGGCUGUUGGUGUCUCAAACUAUAAUGAGAGGCGACUUCGGGAUGCUUAUGAGAAACUUAAGAAGAGAGGAAUUCCACUAGCCUCGAACCAAGUAAAUUACAGUCUCAUAUACAGGGCACCAGAGCAAAAUGGAGUAAAGGCUGCAUGUGAUGAACUUGGGAUCACUUUGAUUGCAUAUUGUCCUAUUGCACAAGGUGCCCUUACAGGGAAAUAUACACCAGAAAAUCUACCAACUGGGCCUCGAGCCAAGAUUUACACUCCAGAGUUUUUAACUAAGCUCCAACCUCUCCUUAACAGAAUUAAGGAAAUAGGAAAGAACUAUGACAAAACUCCAACUCAGGUUGUGCUCAACUGGUUAAUAGCCCAGGAGAAUGUAGUGCCAAUCCCAGGAGCCAAAAAUAAUGAACAAGCUGAGGAAUUUGCAGGUGCACUUGGGUGGAGACUAAGCAAUGAAGAAGUUGAUGAGCUACGCUCACUGGCUUCAGAAACAAGUCCUGUUAUCGGUUUCCCUGUUGAGAGCCUAUAAAGCUUUUCGCUCCAAAUAAGAGCAACUUCAGUCCUGAUUGUCAAUCAAUAGUAUCAAUAACUCAUUUCCUAUUAUUGGUUCCUCCGUCUCUCUGCCUGUUUGUCAGCUACGAUAUCACGAUGUAUGUGUUGGUUUGGGUGCAUUUCUUUGUAGCAUUCCACUCAAUUUUUGUGGAAAACAAUCUGCAAUCAUUUUGCAGUUCCUCUAAUAUAAACCAAUUUAAACUCUUUAACUUGCUUCUGCAACAAUUCAAUAUCCUGAAUAAUCGGAUCUAAUCUUCUUCUUCUUUUGACUGUCUAUGGCAUCACUUGCCGAGUAUCCGUUUGUACAAUUACCUUCUGAAAUUCUUCCUUCAUAGUAAGCAUUACCCCACUCUUAACAUCUAAAGCCUCAGCUAAACCCUAAAUCCAGUGUCUCCACCUUCUGACGAAGGGGACACAUAGGAUUCUCCACGGUUCUCUUUUGCUAGGUUAGCCGGGACAGCCGAGGAAUUAGAACACAAUCUUGAUUGCCUGGUGUCCUGAAUUAAUAAAAUAGGAUGCUUGUUGCUCAGAAGCCCAAGCCAAUUUAUCCUCUACUCCUAUUGGACAGAUAGGAAUAUUUUGGAUUGCAACCUUUGCUUCCUAAGUAAUCCAAUCUCCUAUUGCUUCCAUAUUCCAAAUCCCUUGAUCCCUAUCAAUCCAUUCUGCAACUUUCUCAGGCUGAGGCUCUACUUGCCCCUCCUUUUACUUAUUCCCAUCA